UGCUGACUUCACUCAUUGACUCACUCUGCUCUGCUUCAGCUGGCUGACUGAGUGCGCUGACACUGGGACCACUACCUGCUGCCUGGGGAUUAAGCACGCUAUGAAUACCCGGAGCCUAAUUUGUUGUUUUGGCUGCCAGUGAAUGUUGGAUACCCACAGAGGAGAAGCAGGGUGCAUAAAUCCUUGCGGCCAGGACACUGGGAGCGCCUCUGGACCAAGACAACACAGUGAGAAAAGGGGACUGGAUGCUUGAGGAAGCAUAUCAAACACAGGAGACGAACCAGAGCACGAAAGAAAAGACUGGACAAGUUAUUUCCUGAAAGGAAGAGAAGACUCUAAAUCAACCAGUCUUAUGAGGAUAAGGGCGCAAUGAGACCCUUUUCCUCAUUAUCUGGCUGGGAUUCUCUGUCAGGGUGCUGACACGAGGGAAGAAAGCCCAACAAAUCUCCGCCUCAAGCUUCUUGAGUGAUUUCUGAUCACACACAGGGUUUAUUCUCCUUUUUCUCUCCAUGAGUUCAUUCAUUUAGAGCGUCCCUGUGUUUUGCUGCUCAUCCGUAUCUGCUCGGGGGAGAAGACGGCUCGGGCAUUGACAGAGAAUUACCAUUAUUCUCUUCUCCAACUUUUUCCCCCUGUUUGCCACUUCUUCUGACCUGCUUUCAGCCCCUGCACACCAGCGGGGUGGGGGGCAGCUGCUUCUCCACUACAUGAGACUCUCCGGGAAUAAAGGUUAUUGAACCGAGGAGUGGCAGGGGCACGCAGGAGAGAAAGGCAGGGAAAACAAUCCAUCUCUGUGAACCCCAGGAGCAUAUGGUUUAGCGAGCGGCAGCCAGCUGCUUUCCAGCCGUCCUGCUGAUCACGCCACAGCAGAUACAAGUUGCUCCAGUGGCGGUGUCAGGUUUGGACGGAUCUUACGUGCCGCGGCCGUACAUCUCUUCCCUGUGACAGGCAGACCAGACCAUAAACCAAAGAAGUCUGUCCAGUGGAUACAAAGAAGCAGUUGUGUUGGAGCUGGACAAAUCCUUGCCCCUUUCUGCAACUGCCACAGGAAGGCUAAAACAGAUAUUCGGCUGUCACCUUUAAGGGAAAUACUUGUGACACACGUUGUUGGAGAGCACCAGACCUUGUCUUGGUGUGUAAAGGCUUUUGACAAGGAGAGGAGGGGGUGUGCAACCCCAGAGCCCUUUCACGUCCAUCUAAUUACCAGCCAGGGUCACUCGAAGGGAAGGGGAGGAUUCCAUUUGUGGAUUUACUAUCGGCUCGCUUGGAAGUUUUCCGUGUGGAUAUUUGACAAUUCAGAACACCCACAUCCUUAACGCUCCAAUUUCUGGCAUAGUUGCAUCUCACUGAUACACGCCAAAAGCCCACUGACGCACAUUUACAAACACAUUAUCACCACCCACUUAAACCCACACACAUGUUUGCAAUGAAAGUAUAAACCACUUUACAGCACAGACACAUAGUCACAGAUUUAAAGCCUAUUAGUUGGUUUUUUUCACUCGCGGAUACCACCAGAAUGGAGGUCGGGUGGACAGGUGGGGGGCUGUAGGAGUCCAACAUCUGAUCUGUGUCCGUCCGCUUUACCCAAAUGGAUGUUAUUAUCUCUAAAAAUGUGUUGCUUGGAAACCGCUGAAAGCUUUUUGCUACAAUUCUCUGACAGAAACGGUCACCGGGUCCUCGCCACGGUGCACAGCUGGAACCACAGCUGAAACACCCACCAUUACUCGUCUUUUUUUGCCUUUUAUCUUAUCUUCAUCUUCAUCAUCUGCCCUCACCCCACCGCCAUCAUUUUUUCCAACGGAUCUUUGGGCGCCCCUCGUCGCCCUCCUCGGCCCGUCCUCUCCUCCACCCUGGAGGGGAGGGGGUCAAUGGAGUGGAGCAUGAGUGGGUGCCACUAUCCUUCGCCGCCGCCACAGGAGCAGGAGCGCAGGUACCAACACAAAGUAUCGCUGGUGGUGCGCUACUUCAUGAUCCCAUGCAACAUCUGUCUGAUCCUGCUGGCCACUUCCACACUGGGCUUCGCGGUGCUCCUGUUCCUCAACAACUACAAACCUCCUCACUUCACACCAGCCCAGCCUCCUGAUGGCUGCAGAGGGAUGUUGUGUGGCUUUGGUGCCGUAUGUGAGCGUGACCAGACUGACCCAUCCAAGGCUGACUGCGUUUGCAAGAAAGCGGAUUGUCCAUCGUUGGUGGCACCUGUCUGCGGCUCUGAUUCGUCCACCUACUCCAAUGAGUGCGAACUGGAGAAAGCCCAGUGCAACGCCCAGAGACGCAUCAAGGUUCUGCGCAAGGGUCCCUGCUCUCUGACGGACCCCUGCUCCGAGGUGACCUGCAGCUACGGCAGCACCUGCGCCGAGUCCUCGGACGGCGUGUCAGCUAAAUGCAUGUGUCCCCUCGGCUGCGAGGGCAAGCGCGAACAGACCGUGUGCGGCAGCGACGGGAAGGACUACCGCAACGAGUGUGAGCUCCACCAGCAUGCCUGCAAGAACCAGAAGAACAUCCGAGUGCAAUACCAAGGGAACUGCGACCCAUGUAAAGACAAUGAGAACAGUCUGACCACGCAGUGCCGGGUGGAGAGCAUCACCCGCCAGUCCAUCUUCUCUCCCCUGCCGGAGUCGUGCCCCCCGGGGGGCGAGCCUCUGUGUGCCAGUGACGGACAUACAUACCCCAGCGAGUGCGCCAUGGAAGCAACCGGCAGGCGGAAAGGCAUCAAGGUCAAGAAGAUCCACAAUGGGAAAUGCAGAAGGCAGGAUGACUGUCAGGAGGAGUGUCUCUUCAACGCCGUGUGUCUGGUGGAGCAGCUGAACGCCCGCUGCUCCUGCGACCCCAUCGAGUGCGACGGAACCUACAAGCCCGUGUGCGGCAAGGACGGCCAGAGCUACACCAACGACUGCAUGCGACGCAAGACCGAGUGUCUGAGCAAGACCCUCAUCUCCAUCAAGCACCAGGGGCCCUGUGAUCUCAGCAUACCGAGCCCCUGCCUGAAUAAGGUGUGUGAUCACGGGGCGGUGUGCGUGGUUGAAAACGGCGAGCCGGUGUGCGAGUGCCCCGAGGCCUGCCCGCAAACAUCGGACCCUGUGUGCGGAUCCGACGGCCACAGCUAUGGGAGCCCCUGUGAAAUGAGAGCGAUGGGUUGCGCCCUGCAGAAGGCCAUUCACAUCCAGCACAAAGGACCCUGUGAUGACUCUUGUGCCAACUGCUCUUUCGGGGCAAUCUGCGAUGCCCAGAGCGGGCAGUGUGUGUGUGCGUCGGAGUGUGUGAAGUCCCACCAGCCUGUGUGUGGCAGUGACGGAAGCACCUACAACAGCGAGUGUGAGCUGCACGUGCGCGCCUGCAAACAACAGAUGGACCUCCGAGUGGUCAGCCAGGGCGAGUGCAAAACAUGCGGCAGCACCGUGUGUGCCUGGGGGGCCCGCUGCGUCCAUAAUAUGUGCGAGUGCCCGCAGUGCUCGGGCGAGGCCUUCUCCCCGGUGUGUGGCAGCGACGGCACCACCUACAACAACGAGUGUGAGCUCCGCACGGCCUCCUGCGAGCAGAAGAGGAAGAUCGAUGCAGCCAAGCCCGGCAGCUGCGACGAAGACUGCGGCUCAGGAGGGUCAGGAUCAGGCGCGGAGAGCUGUGAACAGGACCGCUGUCGCAUGUUCGGAGGCUCGUGGGACGAGGAUGCCGAGGACGAUCGCUGUAUGUGUGACUUCACCUGUCAGAGUGUGCCUCACAACACGGUUUGUGGCUCGGAUGGCAAAAACUACAGCAACGAGUGCCAGCUGAAGAAGGCCAGAUGUGAGAAACAGGAGCACUUGUUGAUUCAGAAUCAGGGAGCCUGUGCAGCGAUUUCAGCCACAUCUCGACCGGAGCUGUCGGAGCCCCAGCACUGCAGCGAGUCUGUGUACGGCUGCUGCCACGACAACAUGACUGCUGCUCUAGGAGUCGGACUGGCUGGAUGUCCUAGUACUUGUCAGUGUAACGUCUACGGCUCCUACAAGGGGACGUGUGAUCCCGCCAGACAGUGCUCCUGUAAGCCAGGCGUGGGCGGACAGAAGUGUGACCGCUGCGAGCCGGGCUUCUGGAACUUCCGCGGCAUCGUGACGGAGAACAUCAGCGGAUGCACGCCGUGUAACUGCGACCCCAUGGGCUCGGUUCGGGACGACUGUGAGCAGAUGUCGGGCCUCUGUUCCUGCAAGACGGGAGUGAAGGGCAUGAAGUGCAACCUGUGUCGAGACGGAAGCACCAACGGCUGCGACAAAGGUCCAGAGCCCCCCACCUCAUGUGAGGAGUUAGUGUGCAGUUACGGAGCUACAUGCAUCGAGGUGAACGACCAGGCCCACUGCGAGUGUCCUUCCCCAGACUGCGACGAGAAAAACAAAACCAAGGUGUGCGGCUCAGACGGGGUGACCUACGCCGACCAGUGCCAGCUGAGGACCAUCGCCUGCAGGCAGGACAAGGACAUCAUGGUGCAGCACUCCGGACAGUGCACAGAAACCAUCUCUGAGCCGGCAGACCGACCCACCCCCAACCCCCUCGCCACCACCCCCAGCUCAAGCUCUGUUGCCACCAUCACCACCCCCACCUCCUUCCACCCUAACAUGGUGUGGGCCAUCCCGCUUCCGAGGACGGAAGAGCCAUCGACCACUGAGUGGCCCCCUGCCACCACCAUCUCUUCCACCCUCAUCAACAACAGAGCAAAACAACACCACAUCAUCCACACCCAGCCGCCGCAGUCCACCACCACCUCCACCCUCCGCAGCAGACCGCCCCCCCCCGCCGCCGCCGUCUCCUUCGAUGGCUCAGGCAGUGGGGAGCCCAGCGGCGAUGACCAGACGGAAGAAGAGGAGGAACAGGAAGAGGAAGAGGAAGCAGGUAGCGGCGUUCCAACGGAGGCCAGUGGCGCAGAGGAGCCUGUCGGUCCCACAUUGGCGAGCACCACAGUACCCACAGCUGAGGACCGGUCCUCCUGCGACAACACAGAUUUCGGAUGCUGCCCCGACGGAAAGACACCCUCCACUACUCCAGAGGGCGCCAACUGCCCCUCCACCAUGAAGUUCAGCGGCUUCCUGCACUUGGACCAGGUGGAGGGCCAGGAGAUAUUCUACACCCCUGAGAUGGAGGACCCCAAGUCGGAGCUGUUUGGAGAGACAGCCCGCAGCAUAGAGAGCGCACUCAAUGAGUUGUUCAGGAAGUCGGAGGUGCACAAAGACUUCAUGAGUGUUCGUGUCAGGAAUUUGGCUCCAAGCAACUCCAUCUUGGCCUUUGUGGAGGCCCACUUCAAACCAGAUACCAGAUUCAUGGUGGAAGACAUCGAAGGAGCCCUGCUCAAACAGCUGAAGGCCUCCAAAGACACCAGCAUCGCUGUGAAGAAGCCAGAGGACGAGAAUAUCCGCUUCACCAAUUAUGGCCUCUCCUCCGUCCCCUUCUUCACCACCACGACCACAAUCACCACGGCCUCAGUCACCACAGCCGCUCCCAGCACCACCACCAUGCCUCCCCCCACCUCCCCGUACAUCACCCGCCGCCCCCCAGGCACCACACGCAGGCCCUAUGGCAGACGCACCACCACAACCUCAGCGCCUGUAACCACACUGCGACCCACCACCACCACAGAGGCCCCCACUACCACUGCUCCACCUCCAGCCACCACCGUAGCCCAUGUCCGAGGCAGGCUGCACCACAAGAAGCCCUGCAGCUCCCACCCCUGCCUGCACGGGGGCACCUGCGAGGACGAGGGCCACGACUUCAGCUGCAAGUGUCCCGCCGGGCGAGGAGGCUCCGUGUGCGAGAAGGUGAUCAAGUACUUCAUCCCGUCAUUCGGAGGCCAAUCGUACUUGGCGUUCCAAACCAUGAGCGCCUAUCACACGGUCCGCAUCGCCAUGGAGUUCCGGGUAUCCGAGAUGACCGGAAUCCUGCUCUACAACGGCCAGGACGGCAAGAAGGACUUCAUCUCUCUGGCUCUGGUGAACGGCAAGGUGGAACUCAGGUUUAACACAGGUUCGGGAACUGGAACAGUUGUCAGCAAAGUACAAAUCAAUCAGGGCCGCUGGCAUCAGCUGGUGGUGACGCGCAACCGCCGCAACGCCAUGCUCAGCGUGGACAACGAGCCGCACAUCGAGGGCGAAAGCCCCCGCGGCACAGAUGGCCUCAACCUGGACACCGACCUGUUCAUCGGAGGAGUGCUCGAGGAAAUGAAGCAGGAUGUGAGGGAACGGACGGCGGUGGCCACAGGUGUGGUGGGCUGCAUCCGCCUGCUGGAUGUCAACAACCGUGUGCUGAACCUGCAGGAGAGCGGGGGGGACAGUCUGUACGGCAGCGGCGUGGGCGAAUGUGGAAACAACCCCUGCCAGCCCAACCCCUGCAAGAACGGAGCUGCAUGCCAGGUCAAGGAGGCAGAGAUGUUCCACUGCAAGUGCAGCAAAGGAUUCUGGGGUCCAACUUGUGCUGACGUCCAUGAUCCAUGCGAGCCCAACAGGUGCCAUCCAUCCUCCCAGUGCCAGGCGCUGCCGGAGGGAGGCUACAAGUGCGAGUGUCCCAUGGGACGUGAGGGGAGGCACUGCGAGAAAAUGGCUGAGAAGAGAGGGGCUUACAUGCCGCUAUUCGACGGAGACUCUUACGUGGAGCUGAAGGGACUUCACCUCUACGGGCACGAUCUGCGUCAAAAGGUCAGCAUGACGGUGAUUCUCAAGGCCAACAGCUCCAACGGUUUGAUAUUCUACAACGGCCAGAAAUCGGACGGAAAAGGAGACUUCAUCUCUCUGUCCCUCAAUGAGGGCAUCCUGGAGUUCCGCUACGACCUGGGGAAGGGACCCGCCACCAUCAGGAGCAUGGAACCAAUCCAGCUGAAUGUGUGGAACACCAUCAACCUGGAGCGCUCCAACCGCAAAGGAGAGAUCAUGGUGAACAAGAAGGACCCCGUCCGAGGAGAGGCACCGAAAUCACGAAAGAACCUGCACGUAGAUCUUAACCUGAAAGAGUCUCUUUUCGUCGGCGGAGCCCCCGAUUACAGCCGGCUAGCGAGAGUCGCUGCACUCACAGAGGGCUUCAAGGGAACAAUCCAAAAGAUCAUUCUGAUGGGCACCCCGAUCCUUAGAGAGGAGAACGCCCUGCGUGCCAGCAACAUCGACAUGUUCCAUGAGCACGCGUGUUCCCAGGAGCCCUGCCAAAACGGCGGGCGCUGCAACCCCAUGCUGGACGCCUACGAGUGUGUGUGCCUCAGUGGGUUCUCAGGGGGCCGUUGUCAGAACACCAUCUAUGAGAAGUCUGCAGGAGAGACCGAGGCCAUUGCCUUUGACGGGCGGACGUUCAUCGAGUACCACAACGCUGUCACAAAGAGCGAGAAGGCUCUGCUGGUGAACAAAUUUGAGCUGAGCAUCCGGACGGAGGCGACCCAGGGCCUGGUGCUGUGGAGCGGGAAGGGCGUGGAGCGCUCCGACUACAUCGCCCUGGCCAUCGUUGACGGACACAUCCAGAUGACAUACGACCUGGGCUCCAAGCCCGUGGUGCUGCGCUCCUCGGUGCGCGUCAACACCAACCGCUGGAUACGCAUCAAGGCCAGCAGAGCACUCAGAGACGGCUCUCUGCAGGUCGGCAAUGAGGCAGCGGUAACAGGGUCGUCGCCCCUGGCAGCCACGCAGCUGGACACAGACGGAGCGCUGUGGCUCGGUGGUCUGGAGGAGCUGGCGGUGGCCCGUCGGUUGCCCAAAGCCUACAGCACGGGCUACAUGGGCUGCAUCAAGGAUGUGGUGGUGGACGGCGUGGAGCUCCACCUGGUGGAAGACGCCCUAAACAGCCCCAAAAUACUACACUGCUCCGCCGCCAAAUAACCCAGCAGAGACCGAAUCUUGAGAAAAUAAACG